UUGUUGUGCUUUCUUGACCAUUGCAUUGACGUGGGUGAACCAGGACAGAUUGUUGGUGAUCAUCACUGCCAGGAACUUGAUGCUCCCCACCAUCUCCCCAUCGGCGCAAUUGAUGCAGAAGGGGUGUGCCUUCCUCUCUGCUUCUUGAAAUCAAUGAUCAGCACCUUUGUUUGCUGACAUUGAUGGAGAGAUUGUUGUCCUUACACCAUGCUGCUAAGCACUCUUUCUCAUUCCUGUAAUCCGUGUAUUCAUUGUUUGAGAUCUGACCUACAACAGUAGUGGGGUCAGCAAACUUUUAAAUGGAGUUGAGGCAGAAUUUGGCCACGCAGUCGUGACUGUAUUAGGAGUAUAGCUGGGGGGUGAGUACGCAGUGUUGAAGAUUGUGGGUGUUGUUGCCCAUUCUUAUUGAUUGCAAUCUAUGGGUCAGGAAGUCAAGAAUACAGGAGCUGCUGAGACCUAGAUCUCUGAGUUUAGAGAUAAGUUUGUUUCGAAUUAUGGUGCUGAAGGCAGAACUGUAGUCAGUAAGUAGGAGCCUAACGUGUGUAUCCCUGUUAUCCAGAUGUUCCAGGGAUAAGAGUAGGGCCAGGGAGAUAGCAUCUGUCAUGGACCUGUUGUGCUAGUAGGUAAAUUGCAAAGGAUCAAAUCAAUUUAGUAGGCUGAAGUUGAUGCAAACCAUGAUUAACAUCUCAAAGCACUUCCUGAUGAUGGAAGUCAGAGCCACCGGGCAGUAGUCAUUGAGGCAUACUGUAUGAUUUAUCUUUGGCGCUGAGAUGAUGGUGGUCUUAUUGAAGAAGUUGGGGACUUCAGAUCGUAGUAAGGAGAAGUUAAAAAUGUCAGCAGAUACUCCCACCAGCUGGUCUGCCCAGGAUCUGAGUGCACCGCAGGUGACCAUAUCUGGCCAGUUGCUUUUCAUGGGUUCACUGUCAAGGCCAAAUUAACAUCUGCAGUGGUGCCGUGGGUACAGGUGCAUUUGAGGCUGUUGGCUUAUGUGACAUGGUUUCAUUGAUCUUCUGCUCGAAGUGAGCGUAGAAUGUAUUGAGCUGUUGUGUAGGGAUGUAUUGUUGCAUGUGAUUCUGUUCGACUUUGCUUUGUAGCCUAUUGUGUCGUGUAAGCCUUGCCACAGAUGAUGGGUAUCCAUGUGGUUGGUUUGGAUCUCAAGUAUAGUCUAGUAUUGCUGCUUGGCAUCUCUGGCCUUACAAAGGUCGUACCUGGAUUUCCUGUAUAGGUCAGGGUUGUCCGACUUGUAUGCCUCAGACCUGGACUUCAGCGGGGAGCGGAUCUCCUGGUUCAUCCGUGGUUUCCAAUUGGGAACAUUCAGAUUAACUUCUUCAGUGCGCAAUCUUCUACACACUUACAAAUGAAGUCUGUAAUGGUAGUGGCAUACUCAGCUGAAUGAGUGUCAAGUAACUAAUCCAACAUGUUUACCUGUGAUAUUUGUGGGCAAGGUGGCUUGUCAGAACCAGACAUGAGGACACACAUUCUUAUCAUGCAUGAAGAAAAUGAAUACAGUUGUCCAAUGUGCAACCUAUCAGGAAUCAGUUAUAAUGAAUUAAUGUUCCAUAUAGAAACUUCCCACAGUGAGGUGAAACCUGUGGAUGAUAACAGGACAAUGUAUUCCAUUGAACAAGAAGGGGUUCUUGAUUCUUCACUUCAGACCAGUAGGUUGACUGAUUUAAAACAUAAAACAACCCUGGAACCACAAGAAUUUGGAGGGGACAGGAUGGAAAAGCCCAAACCAGAACAGCUUCAGAUGUCUCACUCUGCUUCACCAUCUGACUGUGAGAGAACAUUCAGACAAAACGUAAAGACAAAAAGCGAACCUAAAAGAUUAAUACAAUCAGAAUCUGUCAAUGGACACUUUUCAGGAAAAGUUUGGAGACAACCUGAGCAAACACUAUUUGAUAAGAAUCGUAGAGAGACAAAAAGCAAUGGACUUUGUAGUACUUCUGAAGAAUCCAUGAAGUUUGAUACCCCAGAAUGUCCUUUUUGUGGCCUUAUUGGAAAUGCAGGAGAGGAUCUAAGUGAACAUGUUAAAAGCAAACAUGCUGAGAUCUUGGAAACUCCUCAAAAAGGUUGUGGAAAGCAGAGGCUCUAUCCGUGUCCCAUGUGCAAAUUGGUAUUUGUAAGUUGUCAAAUACUUCAGGAACAUGUUGAGUUACAUUUAGCUGAGAGCAGAGCUGAAGAAUGUGCCCUAGCUGAUCGUCAAUUGGCCCAAAAACUACAGGAGGAUGAGGAAAUGCAAAGGAAGGCUAUUGAAACAAAAAGAGAACAGGAUGAAUUUCAAAAACUUCAGCGGCAAUAUGGGUUAGAUAAUCAUGGAGGAUACAAACAACAGAUAAUGCGCAACAUGGAGAGGGCUGUGGCACAGGGUCAAAUGAAUCCUGCAGAGUACCAUCGCAGAAGAGCAGAAGUAAUGGAGACAUUAGCACUUGGAGAAGAUGAUGGCACAACUAGGACUUCAGGUCUAAUAAAGAUGCUAAAUCAGCAUUAUCAGAAAAAUGGUGCAGAAAUAAGGCAUGUGAUUCUGUGUGCAGAAACUGAUCACUACCAUGCCUCUUUAGGAGACAAAGGCUGGGGAUGUGGAUACAGGAAUUUCCAAAUGCUUCUUUCCUCACUUAUAAAGAUGGAAGAGUAUAAGCAUGAUUUACAUGACAUUGCAAUCCCUUGCAUUCCAAAAAUCCAGUCUAUGAUAGAGGAAGCAUGGAAGGAUGGUUUUGAUCCUCAAGGUGCUGCGCAUUUUAAAAAUAAACUGCAGGGCACUCGAGCUUGGAUUGGAGCAACAGAAAUCUAUUCUUUAUUGACUUUCCUAAGAAUAAAGUGUCAAAUUGUUGAUUUCCAUAGUCCAACUGGACCGUCUGACACACACCCUCGUUUAUUUGAGUGGAUAUGGCAGUUCUAUUCUUCAGGCAGAGAUGCAGGACUGUGGUUACAAUCCAAGGUUAUAUGGACAAGCAAGCCACCAAUUUAUCUACAGCACCAGGGUCACAGUCGAACCAUUAUAGGCAUUGAAGAAAGGAAGAAUGGGACACUUUGUCUUUUGAUUUUUGAUCCUGGUAACCAAGAAAUGCAGAAACUUUUGCAUCAUGAUGUGACUGCAGUCAAUCUGAAAAUGCUUCGUAGGUUUCUUGGAAGUAUGAAACAUAAACAGUAUCAGAUAGUGGCAGUGAAUGGCCUUCUGACAGUGGAAGAGAAAAAUGCUCGUAAGCAUGCAUCUGCAGUGUUGACAGCAGAAAAGGUGCCAUAAUGGUAACUUGUAUUUGGAUUCACCAGGCAAGAUGAGAUUUUCUUCGUGGGUCAUGUGUAAAUUUUAAAUUGUACAUUCAUUAUUUGAUCUUGGAAUUACAUAAAUGAUGUUGAAUGUGAGACCUUAGAUUUUCUAACUUGGUAUUAAUACCUCCCUGUGCUAGUUCUUAACAGUGACAGGCCUAGUCAUU